UUACUAAUUCCCCCUUCCCCCGGACUCAGUUUCCAUGCUAAGCAUCUCCACAACGAUGGCAAGAGGCUCCACGCCGGUGUAUGCCGCCGACAUCCUGACGAAGAAAUUGAGGGGUACAGCGCCGCCGAUGUCGGAGCUUCUCUUCCUUGGCUCACUGGAGCGAUAUUCCAUUGUGGAUAUGGCCAGGAAGCUUAUGCAUGCGAUUCAGUACGAUAACUGUGGCGGUGGUCCGGCUAGUUUGAAGCAUGUUGAGGUUCCAGUUCCCACUCCGAAGAAAGAUGAAGUUUUGCUGAAAGUGGAAGCCACUGGAGUGAACCCUAUUGAUUGGAAGAUUCAGAAGGGCUUGCUUCGGCCCAUAUUCCCGGGAAAGCUUCCUCAUAUACCUGGUACUGAUAUAGCAGGAGAGAUAGUACAGGUUGGAUCACAAGUCAAAGAUUUCAAAGUUGGUGAUAAAGUUGUUGCUAAACUUUCUCAUGAGCAUGGAGGUGGAUUAGCUAACUUUGCUGUGUCUUCUGAGAGGUUAACAGUUGCCAGACCAUCUGAGAUCUCAGCUGCUGAAGGUUCGGCUUUACCUCUGCCUGGCCUCACGGCUCAUCACGUCCUCACAGAGAUUGCUGGAGUCAAGCUUGAUGGAACUGGUGAACAAAAGAACAUUUUAGUAACUGCAGCCUCAGGUGGUGUUGGUCACUUUGCAGUUCAACUAGCAAAGCUAGGGAACACACAUGUAACGGCCACCUGUGGUGCUCGUAACAUCGACUUUGUCAAGAGCUUAGGUGCUGAUGAGAUUCUUGACUAUAGGACUCCAGAAGGGGCAGCUUUAAGGAGUCCAUCUGGUCGAAAAUACGAUGCCGUGAUACAUUGUGCCACUGGAAUUCCAUGGUCAACCUUUGAGCCUCAAUUGGCUGAACAGGGGAAGGUAGUAGAUUUAACGCCUGGCAUAAGUGCACUGAUGACUUAUGCUCUGAAGAAACUUACAUUCUCUAAGAAGCAACUUGUACCAUUCUUCUUCGUAACGGCCAAAAAACAGAACCUGAAUUAUCUGGUUCAGUUGGUUGAAGAUGGGAGGCUUAGGAUUGUCAUUGACUCCCGUUUUCCUUUGAGCAAAGCCGAAGAUGCUUGGGCUAGAAGUAUUGAUGGCCAUGCCACUGGAAAAAUCAUUGUCGAGUGAUAGAAAAAGAUUGCUUGAACUGCUGGAUGCUGCUAUUUUUCUGUAAAAAGGUUUGUGUAUGACCUUCGAUGUUUGUAUUUGUGUGUUAAGAAAAGUAAAUAAAUAAAUGUUUGUGUUUUAAGGAGUUGAA